AUGGAACCCUUUUCCACACAAACUUCCGGUUUCAUUUCCCUACUAGCUUCGCAGAGCAGUCCAUUCCCGGACUGCGACCCUCCACAAGCAGUAGCUAACUCUCCUGGGUUAAUGAAACCGGCUUCCAAGAGGAAGUGGUCAACUAAAGAGGACCUUGUGCUCAUCAGUGGUUGGGUGAACACGAGCAAGGACCCUAUUGUCAGUAAUGAGCAGAAGAUCACCUCCUUUUGGAGGAGAAUAGAGGCGUACGUGAAUUCUAGCCCUCUGCUCACUGGCAGCGCUCCAAGAGAGUGGGGUCAGUGUAAGCAGAGGUGGGGAAGGGUCAACGACCAAGUGUGCAAGUUUGUAGGAAGCUACGACGCGGCUUUGAAGCACCAAUCAAGUGGUCAAAAUGAUGAUGAUGUGAUGAAGGCUGCCCAUGAGAUUUUCUUCAAUGAUUACCAAGCGAAAUUCACCAUGGAACACUUAGAGGACGAAAGACAAGGAUACAUUCUAGCUAAUACAUCUGAGUUCGAGUCAGGAGAAUCUAACCGAAGUUCGAAGGUGAGAAGGAGAGAAAGUGUGAAUGUUGAUAUGCUUAACAUUCGCAAUCUGGUUCGGGAUCCACAAAUUCAUGAGCGUCUGAAAGCUGAUUUAGUUGAAAAUGUAUGGGCAAAAUUUGGUGAUCGUAGUGAUUAA